GUUUCCUAAAAGACAGGAAGAUGGAGGACUCUGUCAACCAAAUGCAACCACUGAAUGAGAAGCAAAUAGCCAAUUCUGAGGAUGGCUGCGUGUGGCAAGUCACCGACAUGAACAGACUCCACCGGUUCUUGUGCUUCGGUUCUGAGGGCGGGACUUACUACAUCAAAGAGCAGAAGCUGGGCCUAGAAAAUGCUGAGGCUUUGCUUAGGCUGAUCGAAGACGGGCGAGGAUGCGAAGUGAUCCAGGAAAUAAGGUCGUUCAGUCAGGAAGGCAGAGCCGCGAAGCAGGAGCCCACGCUCUUCGCCCUUGCCAUCUGCUCCCAGUGCUCCGACAUAAGCACAAAGCAGGCAGCGUUUAAGGCCGUGUCUGAAGUUUGCCGCACCCCCACACAUCUCUUCACUUUUAUCCAGUUUAAGAAAGAUCUGAAGGAAAGCAUGAAGUGUGGCAUGUGGGGCCGUGCCCUCCGGAAGGCCGUAGCAGACUGGUAUAAUGACAAAGGUGGCAUGGCCCUUGCUCUGGCAGUCACAAAAUACAAACAGAGGAAUGGCUGGUCUCACAAAGAUCUGUUACGAUUGUCGCAUCUUAGACCUUCCAGUGAAGGACUUGCUGUUGUGACCAAAUAUAUUACAAAGGGCUGGAAAGAAGUUCACGAAUUAUAUAAAGAAAAAGCACUUUCUGCAGAGACAGAAAGAUUAUUAAAGUAUCUGGAGGCUGUAGAGAAAGUGAAACGCACAAAAGAUGAACUGGAAGUCAUUCAUCUAAUAGAAGAGCACAGAUUAGUUAGGGAACAUCUUCUAACCAAUCAUUUAAAGUCUAAAGAGGUGUGGAAGGCUUUGUUACAAGAAAUGCCCCUUACUGCAUUGUUGAGGAACCUAGGAAAGAUGACUGCUAAUUCAGUGCUUGAGCCAGGAAAUUCUGAAGUAUCUCUAGUAUGUGAAAAACUCUGCAAUGAAAAACUGUUAAAAAAGGCUCGUAUACAUCCAUUUCAUGUUCUAAUUGCGAUAGAAACUUACAAAACAGGUCAUGGGCUCAGAGGAAAACUGAAGUGGCGUCCUGAUGAAGAAAUCUUGAAAGCGUUAGAUGCUGCUUUUUAUAAAACAUUUAAGACUGUCGAGCCAACUGGAAAGCGUUUCGUGCUGGCUGUUGAUGUCAGUGCUUCUAUGAACCAAAGAGUUCUGGGUAGCGUGCUCAACGCUAGUACAGUGGCCGCGGCGAUGUGCAUGGUUGUCACACGAACAGAAAAAGAUUCUUACGUAGUUGCUUUUUCAGAUGAAAUGGUACCAUGUCCAGUGACUACAGACAUGACCUUACAGCAGGUUCUAAUGGCUAUGAAUCAGAUCCCAGCAGGUGGAACUGAUUGCUCUCUGCCAAUGAUCUGGGCUCAGAAGACACACACGGCUGCUGAGGUCUUCAUAGUGUUCACUGAUAAUGAGACCUUUGCUGGAAGUGUCCACCCUGCUGUUGCUCUGAGGGAGUAUCGAAAGAAAAUGGAUAUUCCAGCUAAAUUGGUUGUUUGUGGAAUGACAUCGAAUGGUUUUACCAUUGCAGACCCAGACGACAGAGGCAUGCUGGAUAUGUGCGGCUUUGAUACUGGAGCUCUGGAUGUGAUUAGGAAUUUCACAUUAGACGUGAUUUAAUCCAAAGCAGCAGCAGCAUUAUCUAAGAGGUCCGUUGCUAGCAUCAGUGAUCUCACUAGAACUUCACAGCUACUUCCCAGCUAAUCUCGACCCAUUGACAGAUGAUGGUACAGUGUGUGCCUGAUGGAAGGUCCCUUACCACUAAAAGAAAGGGAAGGAAGGAAGCAUUAGGUGGGCCCAAAGUUCUAUCUGCUAAACUGGCUCUUGGGAAAUAGCUUCAGGAUACUGUAGCUUUCUUUAUCUAAUAGAGAAUUUCUUGUUAAUAGACACUAAAACUAUUGAACGUGUUUGCUUUGGUGAACAGUACAUUUGUACUUAAAAAAAAAUUGAGAGCCAAAAGUGUAAGUAGUUCCACAUUAUGUCACUUGUUUGAGACAUGCUUAAUGUUUUCUUAAAUGUUUCCAUUGGGAAAGGACAGUUUUGAUUAUGUCCAAAUACUCUGAAAUGCACUAGACCAUGUAACUGUGACGGAAUAUGAAACUCAUCUAUAAGCUUUUAUACCAAGGAGGUGAAAAACUAAGAUGUUUGAUUAAAUUAUGAGUGAGUCUUAACAGAUUCUUACAGUUUUCUAAGAUCACACAAAUGAUAGCUUUUCUUACUUAAUGAAGAAGAUAUUUUAUUUCUGAUAUUUUAUUAGGAUCUGUUACCAUUAAUCAGAGCAUAAUGGAAAUCCCACAAAGAGACUAAGGUUUGUGUUGGCCACGGAUUUGUAUUAGGCUUGCUUUUUUGCAUUGUGUUAGAUUUUAUUGCCACGCGGGGCUGGAGUGACAGUGAUCUCUGAAUUGAACAUCAUAGCCAUAGACAUAGUGUAGUCACACUUUCUUUUGUUCAGACUCUGAGAUUAACAUAGCCGAAUGGGGACCAGCAGAUGGCGUAAUGGUUAUAUUGCUCGAAUCCCACAUACUUUACCACGGUUCAAAUCCUGGACCCAGCGGCUAAAAAUUCACGCCAGUGCGCAUGUAUAUGCCCAAGAUCCUGAGAGGAGAAGAGAAGGAAUUGCAGAGUAGCCAUCUCCCUGGGUGGGGAUAAGGUUAUUAGGUGAUUUCUCACUUUCUGUCUGUCUGUGUCCCUCUGGCAAGUGCAAGUGCCAGUGUUUAACUCUCCCAUUCGUAAUUUUGAAAGUAUUAACAGUCUAAAUCUCAACUCUAAUUAGUUUAGCCUUUUUCUUUUAAAAUAAAAAUUGUGUUAAUUCCUUUUAACAAUUUUUUUAGUUAGUUGUAAAUGGACUUAGAAAUGUCCUGAUUGUAAACAUGCCAAAAGCUUCCUAUCUGUGUCCUUCAUUAUUCAUUUUUGACAAAACAUUCCUUUUUGAGGAUAUGAAAUAAAUAUAAAGGAAGCCAGCUAGGUCCUUCAGGUAUGAAAGAUCAUUUUUGAGUAGCGUAUUACCAAUUAAUAGUCCAUAGGACAUUUAAAAAAAAAUUUGUAUGUGUGUAUUAAAUGUCUUUUCAUUAUACUGAAGUGCAUUAUUUUCUUGAGUAAGUAAGUAUCCCUUUGUUGUUGGGAGGUUUAGCAUUAAAGUGAUCUUUCAAAAUGCCAAUAUCUUUGUUUGUAAUUGUAUCAUCAUUUGCUAAGAUGGCUAAUACAUUAACCUCCUAGCUGUAUGCAUUGCUCUUUAAACAAAAAUGAAAGAUUUACCAAGUUACAGCCCUUCUCACUGUCAAGUGAAGUCAAACUCUAGUAAAUGUGUAUAAACCCCUUUACUUGUUUGGGGGUUAGAGGUUUUAGGGGAAAGGAGGUCUUCAAUAGUGUAAGAUUUGUGUGCAUAUUUUCGUCUGUUGUGUGGGAAAUUUGGGCUGUGGGAAUGAUAAGGAAAUGUUCCUUUCAAAUUUACUUGACAUACCAGCGUCGGUGACAUACGUAGCCAUUUCAAGGCCAUCUGGUACCAGGUUUUGAAUGUGAUUUCCCUGAGAUAUUUUCUGGUCAGCAAAGCUAGCAGUGCAUACACUUCCCCAGUUCUGAUGUUAUUCUGGUUGUAACUCUAUGAAGCAUUGAAUUUUUAAUGUGUUAGCUACUUUUGAUACAUUAAUAUCUUCAGAUUGAGCUUAAAGUUUAAAGAACCUUAUAGAAUUAUGUAAUAGCUCUUUAAUUCUGUAAGUAAAAUUAAGGUCUUCUGAAAUAAAAAAUGGCAUCUACCUUUUAAUUCUUAAUAGAAAUAUUACAUAGAGUAUAGUAUAAAAUUUUAUUUUCUUCAAUUGUGUUAUUUUGAAGUACUUUUAGACAAGUAUAUUUAGGAGCUAAUAUUAAAUUCUUCAGGGAAACAAGAUUCGAUGUGACCUUUUGAAAUAUUUAGGUAGGUCUAAUUAAAUGGAUUAGGGUACGAUUUGAGAAAGGAAAACAGAAAGAAUUCACCACAGAAGAUAACUUUGUCUGCAAAUCAUAGUAUUAAGAGCUGGAAGAGACCUUAGAAACUUAAUAGCUAGCUUUUCCGUUUCGUCUAAGACAGUGAGGUUUUAGAACACCAGGACCUAGAAAUCGUGGUCUCUUCGUUCCUAUUCCAGCCUUGACUUCUCCACAACAUGGGAACACUUUGACUCAGAAGAGUAGGGGAUGAAAUAGAAUUAUUCGAGACUUUCAUCUUACUUAGACUUAGGGAAAAAAAUGUACAUACAUGAUUGCCCUAGGAAUAGAAAAACAGAUUGUGAACAUGUGCAAUUUUGAAGUUCAUAGUAAUCCUCAAGCACAAUUACAAUCGUUUUAAUAGCCUGUGUUGCUAUAUAACAUAGUCCUGUAGAAGAAAUAACACAGAAACUUGACCUCAGUGUACUCAAGUGAAAAACUCUUAUUUUCUGAAUUACUCUUAGGGUUACUAUUACAUUAAUACUUGGGGGAAUACUGCUUUUAAAAAUAAUCCUAAGAAAAAUAAAUUUUAUUUCCUAGACAGUAUGUAUAUAUUUCCAGGAUAUUGUUAUAAUUAGUGAUAUAAAAACUAAUCUUACAGUCCCACCCUUUUUUAUUAGUUGAAGUUUCCUGGAAAUUACGUCUACUGAAACGAUGGCCUAGCUUAGUGACUGUUAGGAGAAUAUUAGUGAAGCGGGAGGCUGGUGAGUGAAGUUGGUGCUGCUCCUUCACGCUACUCCGUGGCGAGCUCUGCUUCAUCUAACCUUCGUGUGACUAAGCAGCCAAGUCAGCCUGCGUGCUUUAGUUUAAAAAGUAACAGGUCUGAUGCCUGCAUUGUAGAAGAGUCAGUGAUUUACUAUUUAUAUAAAAAGUAAAACUGGGAAGAGGGCUCACAAGGAAGUCUUUUAAUUAAACACACUAAUAGGAUGUGCUGUGAAAGAUAGUGUUUUAGAAAAGUAAUGUGAUACUCCCACUUAUUUUAAAAAACAUUCCUGUUAAGAGUACAAGAAAAAUAUUUACAAUUAAGAUAGUGACUAAGAAAUUGCUGUUGUUUGAUUAAAAAGAAGAAAGAUAUUCCAAGUCUAAAAUCACGUGAUAAAAUGCCGUAUUAUCAGGGUUUGUUUCCCCCCUCAUUUUCUACAUUUAGCAAAAACAAUGUAAACUUAUUUUAGAUAAGGCAAAAUUCUUGAAUAAAUUUGAAGGUCUGACAAGUAAGAGACACCUUUAAAAGCAAAAUAAAGCUACAUCUAAAUAAUAAAGACUAAAUCAUUGUAAUCUCUUGUUGGACUUUAAUUUGACCUGAAUAUAUUAUACCCACAAAUAUAAAUGUCAUGGUAAAUGAUGCUCUUAAGUUAGUAAUCCAAAAGAAAAAUUCUAGUCUUGCAUACCAGAGAUUUAGAGUGAUCCAUCAAGGCAAUUAUCCCUGCCACAAAAAUAUUCCUAUAGCCUCAACGUAAAUGUGCACAGGGAUAAAUUUAAAAUGUUAGUUGGGGUGGCAGGUGGCAUAGUGGUUAAGGUGCUUGGACCCCCAGAUGACCAAAUGCGG